AUGGAGUCUGUAUCUCAUGUUGAAUCUAUACGUGAAACAGAAGACGCCAUACGCCAGUUAGAAGAAUGUUUUAAACUUCAACAACAAACAGCUGAAGAGAGUAUUUCUUCCGACUCCGACAGUUCUUCGUCUUCGUCAGAUAGAGAGUCUGAUGAUAACACACCACUAGAAGCUCCUGAAACACCACUGGAUAGUCGUCGUGAUGAAGAGGCGCCUGAAACGCUGUUAGAUGAAACAGUGAUCGAAGAUCCUGAAACGCUGCUGGAGGUGCACGAAACAUCUCUCGAUGAAACGCUGCUGGAG